UCCUCUUCCUCUUCCGAGCCUAUAGGUCGAAGAAGAGAGGCGGCGUGGUUCUAAUCGGGCGGCGAGUACACCAAUUCGCAGUUACCACUGAUACUUGUACCAAUAGACAAUGGCUAAUUUUUUAUGUCAAGACAAAGGACCAUGGUAUUUUCAAAAGAUGUAUGCAAGAUAUUGGAAACAUUACAAUGAAGCUAUGGAGUGGAUGUAUAGACAUAAAAACGCUUAUAGGAAAGCUAUGGAAUUAGUAUAUAAUCCAUCACUUCAUCCUUCCGAACAACAUCAACGUUAUUCUGAUUGGGAUGAAAAUGUUCCAGGGAGAAAUGGUCCAUCUUCAUUCUCCACCUCAGACAGCAAACCACGGCGUCCUCCAAGACCUCAGGAUGGCCUGCAUUAUGUCAGAAAAAGGAGAGCAGCAGAGAAAGAUUCUGAAACAGAUUCAGAAUCUGAAAGUGAAGAGGACAUAGAAUGUGAUCUUGACAACAUGGAAAUUACAGAAGAGCUCCGUCACUAUUUUGAGCAGACUGAGAGACACCAGGAAGAACUACGAGUGAAAUAUCUGCUACUACCUAGGAUUGAACGCUCAACCUUCCAAGUAGGAAGGAAACAGAAACAGCUGGAGGCAGAACACCAAGAGAUGUAUGUGGAAGCUGACCACAGCCUUCACUUGUCCACAAGCCGGUCAGCUCAACCCCCAGCUGAGAAGCCCGGCGAGAGAAGAAUGGCUGAAAUGAGAAAGCUCUAUGGCAAAGGUGCCAACAAAAUACAAGCAAUGGAGACCACCAUGCAACUCAACUUUGAUAGGAAUUGUGAUACAAAACAGCCCAAGUACUGGCCAAUUAUUUCUCUGAAACUCUGAGUAUGCGCCUCUUUUCUUUUUGGGAGAUUCAAAGUUGUAUAUCCUGAUGUUCAAUCAAGUAGAAGGAUUAAGGGAAUGAAUCAAGAGUCAGCAAAAGACCUUUUUAAUUUUCCUUUCCCCUUUCCAGCACAACUUUGAAUUUGUCUGCCAAUUUCCAGAGUCUAUUCCAACUCAACAAGAAAAGCUGAAUCAGUCAUUUGUACAAGGGAUAAGGAAAAUUCUCUUUUAAAGGGUUUUUCAACUAAUUUAAUCUUGGCAUGUGUUAGCCUUGCAGGAAAUGAAGUAACAUUUAUUUUUGUUCAAUUGGGCUAGGGAAAAUGCUAAAACUAUCAAAAUUCAAAGCAUUUUUUAAAAUAGUUUUUAGUGCUACACAGGUUUUUCUGUAGGAUUUUAAAUGCAGCCAUUUUUUUGCAGCCAUUUAUUUUCUUGGAGGCACCUGUAUUAAUUGGACAAAAUAUCUUAAAUUACUGUAAUUUUGCUUUUAGAGAUUGGGUUAAGCUGUAUGUGGAGAAAGUUUCUCUUCCAAAAUGAAAAGUUUGGCUCUAGGGUUUCAAGUCAGAAGCAAGCAUUAUCUGCUUUCAUAGAAGUAACAGAACAAAAAAAACCCAAUCAGAUUAAAAUACAUAUUUUUAUUUAUUUUGAAGUUGUAUUUAUCUAAUCAAG